CAAAUACUGUACAUUCGGGUUUUGUACAUUGUUCGCGACAGCUGGCUGGCAGUUCGGACGGCAACGUUGCGCACUGAUACUAGUAUACCAUUGCACUGUUGGACUGUUGAGUUUGUGCAAUUCAGGAGUCUCGUCAGUAUUAUCUGAAUCGGCCAAAUACUUUGUUCAAAAGGUUUUGUUUCUCUCACCCAAAUCUCUCUAUGCGUGUUUGUAGUGCAUGCACAGUCUGAUUGGACCACAACCAAUUCACCGAAAACACUCAGUUGAUUUCCACCUGCAACUCUACACAUCAUACGGCUUGCCCACGAAGGCUGAGGAGUGCACUCUCGGGCACCCGCAUUUCGUUCCAUGCUGGUUGAGGCGCCGGAGACCAUGAGAGAGUCGUCUCACCAAGUGGCGAGGGAUCCGCCGUCCGUAUCGUCCACGCACCAGGUGCCGGAGGGGGCACAGGAACGGGGCGGCACGCGAGGCUCCAGGGCCUGCUGCUUCUGCUGGUGCUGUUGCUGCAGUUGCUCGUGUUUAAGCAUGAAGAACACAGCCAAAGAGGAAUCGGGCGGUGGGUCGAUGGAAUUGGCCAAUGGAGAUGCCAAUGAUAACCCCACCAUGGAGGAAAUAAGAGUUUGGUCACAUUCGUUCGAUGCAAUGAUGAAAAGUGCAAGGGGUCGCAGGAGAUUUCGAGAUUUUUUACGAUCGGAAUACAGCGAAGAGAAUCUGCUAUUUUGGCUCGCCUGCGAGGAGCUGGGGAAAGAAUCAAACUCGGCUGCUGUGGAGGAAAAGGCGAGGCUAAUUUACGAGGACUAUAUAUCCAUCCUCUCCCCAAAGGAGGUAAGCCUAGACUCACGGGUCCGGGAAGCCGUCAAUAAGAACAUGGACCAUCCUACUCCACACACGUUUGAUGAGGCCCAGCACCAAAUCUACAUCCUCAUGCACCGUGACUCCUUCCCCCGCUUUCUCAAUUCCAAAAUGUUCAGGCGGAUGAUCGAGAACGCCAGCAGGGGGGAAAAGAAGUGAGAGGCGCACAGGUGGGUGUGGGUCUGGUCCCCAGACCCCAUUUCGUGACUUUAUUGGUGUGAUUAUUCGAAACACUAAUGAUGACCUAAUUGGACGUUGAACGGAGCAGUGUACCGGAUACUAUACAUUGUGUGGACAAUAUGGACGACAAGACAAUUUGGCGAUUGUCUGGCAUGUCUAGCUGUUGCCUUCAACUGGAACAAAUAUCAAGCUACAGAACAACGAAUUCAACAACAGUAACAACAUUAACAACAACAUGCUCAAUGAUGCAUCAGUGUAAAUUGCAACAGAAGCAGUGCAACAACAAACGAAACAACACAUUAUCAGCAACUUCACACUUUCAUCAGUUGAACAGCAAAGUGGACGGCAUUGCACGGAUAUACACACCUGAGGCUUGUCACACACCGUGAUAGAACAUGACGUCACUGAUCAGACCACGUGACCAUCAGACGAACGAGAUGACGACAGCAGAGCGGUCCCGCGCCGCGUGACACCGUUGGAAAAAUUGGCUGCAUGCAAUGUGCGGAAUCCACCGCUAGAGGGCGUGAUCUCCAAUUCCAGAAGGUCACAGUGAAUCAAUUGUGGUCUUCGGCAAGACUGACGCCGUUACAGUACAGGAGCACAUACUGGAUGGAAGACACCAUUACCGAAAGAAAUGGUGUGCUUCGGGAGGUACAGAAGUGAAAGACGGCAGUAUAGCCAAUUAUCUUCCUCAGGGAUUUACACAAAUUUUACACGUCGGCGUGCUCUGUCAUUGUCAAAAUGGCGGGCGUGUUUGAUGAACAGGGAAAAGAAAUUUAUGGAAGGGGGAAAGGUUAAAACCCGGUGCUUUCGUUUAUAAGGCUGCUUUGAUAUAAUCCACGGCCGCUUGGACUGGCGUAGCUGCAAGAACGAGGCGUGUAUUACGAGAACGUGUGUGAUCCAAGGGUUGUACGGUCGCUUGCCCACUGGCUUGUUUUAAAACCAGCCGUUUCCGUCGAAAUCGGUCUUUAGUUAGAAUGAGCCAGAGGCGUUCACUUAUGAGUCCAUCAUCAAAUGUUUGCGGGGUAAGAGCCCUGUGAUCGAAAGACGGGGCUUUGGGUGUUCUGGGCCUAUCUCAGUACUGUCUGCAGGUCCCACUCAAUCCGCAGAAAGAAGAAAAGUUCUACUCUAACUGAUAUGUAACUUUUCCAGGGCCCCAAGGGCGAACAGUUCUUUGAUAACUGGGUUACCUUGUUGAAAUUUUCAAAAACAGGUAAAACAAAUCAACAUAUUUACAUCACGGAUGCCAUGACGUGGUUUCCAUCACUGAGUUGUCAUAAGAAAUCGCCAGGCAGUACACUUAUUGUGAACAUGUGACAUUAUCUGUUGAACUUUUACCAUUUUUUUUAUCUUAUCCCGAUAAACGUCAAAGGCCAAAGUCACUUCUUGCAGCUGAAAAACAAACUGGUGCGCAGGUCUGAGAGAUUAGAGAUGGGGGACUAAAUUGACUUUGGUGAAGUUCACUGGGGGUAAUGUCUCUGCAGCCCAAUUUGCGUCUGCAUGGGGACCACUUCCGUGUCUGCUGGUUUCUCAAGAUUUUCUGAAGGGUUCUGGCUGGCAUCUCCGUCAGUCCUACAGCCUGUCAAAGUUCGGUGAUGGCUUGGAUGAUAAAAGACUACUCAAUGCACAAGCUGUUAUUGCAGGGAGGCCUUGGAUUGGAAAUGCGUUGACGAUGGGGCGGUUGGCUAUAGGGUAAGAAAGUUUGCAGGAAGGGGAAACUUCGAAAAACAAAAGGUUGUAACUGAAGUUAUAAAUUUUGUGGCCUUUUUAUCAACGUGUUUACGCGAUGAAGUUUGGACUCUGAACCGGUGCAAGCGACUUUUCUACACCCUUGACCAAAGUAGUUUCGUCAUUAUGACGUCAGAGACUACAUUUUUUUCCUCGCCAUAGGCUCAGAUAGUGAGCUUUUAUAACGUAACAAAACUGAUGGGUGACUUUCUGAUUUAUUGUAAUACGGUAUAAAACGUUAUGAUGGAACACGCGCAUCUGCCAAAGAACUUAUAUUCAUACGAAACUAUUGGUGUUUUUUCGUUUGUUUCGUUUUCUAUUCACGGAUUUUGAUGUGUAUUGCUUAACGAUUUUACAAACGGACGGCCUAAUUUGUAUUGUUUUUUAACUGUUUCUUGGUAACCGUAGAGUAUUUUAACUAAAAAACAUUGUCUGAAUGUGAAACAAAGUCGUGAUGGGUAGCAAGUUCAGUAUAGUGAAACGUUUAGAAUCGGGGAGUUUGUCAGAGUUCUUUUCCGUUUGUCGUCAUGGUGAUUUUUGCUUGUACAUUUUUACGAUGUGACACACCCAUUGUACGUGUAUGUGCACGUGUAUCGUAAACUAGGUGUUUUUGAAAAGCGAGUUGUCAGUUUGGAAUUUGUAAGUUUACAAUUAGCAGUGCAAUUUUUUAUCGUUGAUAUUGAUGGAGCUGUACAGUGUGAGGAGUUUUAAGGCAAAUGGUUAUACCUCAAUUCUUGAGUUCUGUCGUCGGUAAUUUGUUUGUCGAAUCCACUCAUGUAUGUCUCGCUUACAUGUUCACCUUUACUCUUUUCGGUCUUAGAACUGCACAUUGCUUUGUCGCAAAGAAAAAAUUAGCCGGCAUUAUGGUUUCAGGUCCAUUCCUUUGGAGACAAAAGUUACUACUCUCAGGGUUUCCCGAUAACACGCGAUUUCUCUUUUUUUUUCUUUUCUUUUUUUUUUCUUCUUCUUUUUUUCUUCUUUUUCUUAACCAGGAUGACCGAAGCAUUGUGGAUCAAGAUUCAGUCAAAUUUGAAACACAUGAUGGAUUGUUUUUGUUUAUAAGGCAUGGGGCAUCGUCCAAAAUUGAACUCCCACCCUGAUUGUGAAAAGCCGCAAAUAUUUCCACUGCUAUAGUAAAAAUAACCAUGAAUACUAAGGUCAUUUUUGUGCCGCUGAAAUAUUUUGAAAGCAUAUGUGAUAAUCGAUUUGGUUAUUCAGGCAGAGGGUUGUGUUAUUGUGGAUUAUUGAGAACGUGUUGAUGACCCCUAACAACGCACGCAAAACAGUUUUCCCAUUUGUAAUAGAUAACUAUUUUUUAUUCCAGACAGGAAAAAAAACGCGGGGAAAAUCCGCAGCGUCCCACACUAUACACGUAUGUGCGAGUUUUGGAAAACUGAUGCAGCCUAAGGCUCGGAAGUUUGAAACGGUUUAGUCUAUUAAGCUAUAAGCCGAACAAGUGGCCCACGGCUUGCAAAACGGCUCAUCUGUUGGGCCAUACAUCUUCUUGACAAUGGAUUUCCCCCAGCUGUCGUACCGGUAUUGUUUAGUUUGCUUUCAAUUGCUUCAUGACUCGAUAUUCUGGUUGAAUCCUGAUGAAAAAAACGCUGUGAUAAUAAUUUCAGAAUGAUUUUUAAUGGUGAUUUUUUCUUCUUAAAUUUCCAAAAGAGUUCCUUACGUUCAGGUUUAAAAUAAAAAGGGACCCUAAAUCCUGUUACAUGUAUAAUGUAUAUAACCAAAGUUCAGAGGAGACUGGUGAACUAAGUAUUGCCCCUGACCAUGCCUACUCGAAUUUGCAACUAUGUGGUCAGUCGUUACCUGAAAUUAUUCCCGGUAGUAGGUCAGAGUUUCUUAUUUCAUCGAGUAACACUUUGAAUCAACGACGUUUGUUUUGUUCACAGUUUGUCAAUCUGAUUGGGCUCCUGGCUUUUUUAAUCAUUCAGUCAUUUUAUACCAGUCAAUAGUUAAAUUUAUCUAUGAGGAAUUUCGAUCAUCUUCUUAAACACUGAAACCAAAGAUUUUUAAAACUUUCCAAAGUAAUUGGUGUUCCUUUCUCUGCACUUUUUCCCGGCUUUAGAUGAAUUAAAAAAAACUUUGCAGUUUGCUCGGCGCCAUUUUAAUUUUUUAUGGAAAUAUUCCGUGCGGGCAGUGCUCUUAAUUCAGCUGUUCUUGAUUUUAAGUAUAAAGUUCACCCGUGGCGGUUUUUUUCUCAAAUGAAAUCUAUGGCAGUCACGGUGUUGGUGGUUGAAAACCACUGCACAUGCUGUGGAACAACUGUAGCCUGUAGUGUGGUAGAACAGCCUUGAUCGUUUAUUUCAAAACGCUGUCGUGACAUCGACGCUUAGGCGCAGCUUCAGUUUUGGCUAAUGUAUGAAACAAUCAUGCAUGAAGAGAGUUUCAAACCGUCAAGCGAAACAUUGAAAUGUUGCAUGUACCCGUCUCAUACCACCUACACUUUGUAUCCCAGGUCGCCGAUCCCUUUCACAAAAUUUCUGAUUGGUAAUACAAGGCAUUGUAACACACAGCGUUAUCCCUUCUCAUGUACUCGGUCGCGUUCGAUAAGCUUGCACAGGGUAACUCUGACGUGGGGAUUGCCGUGUGUGUGCCGUGUCAAACAAGCGAGAAGGUGGGAGCGAGGUUAAACACGAGUCAACUCGUAGAAGCUAAUGGAACGCACCCCAGUGUAACGUGUGCUGCCCGAAGUCUGUCCUAUGAGAACUGGGAAAAAUACCGAUCACCACCGUUCUCUGAUCGGACAGAACGAUGAAACGGGUCAAGGUACAUGUCUGGUACAACAUUCUUGUAUCCAGGGGCUGCUGCUGAUGAAAACGCGCAGAAUUAGGAAGGUUAUGCGAACUCAAUAUGCCUCCUCAACUGUCAGUGCACGAUGUACAUUGCUUACCCACUUAAUCUCGGCAGUAUUUUGCCCAUGAUCAAAUAAAAUUUGCUUGGUCCUGGCAACACUUUUGUAAGCACCAGAUGGCACUACAUAGCCCUAGAGAAUCAUGAGUGUAACGUGGUUGAAAACGUCGUUGAAAUGUAACCAUCAAAAUAAUAAAGGCCUACUUGGGUCUAUCUUCUCACAAAGAGAUCGGGGGAGGUUUUUUUGUUUUUUUGUUUUUUUGUUUUUUUUUUUGGUGCGAACCGUAGCUAUUGUUACAGUUGAUGCCCUUUGGCGGCAUGUGUUCCGUUCACCGAUUCUGUGGAUAGUGAAUUCUCGUCAGUGACCUCUGUCUCUUCUUCUUGUUUUACAUCACCAACAUAAUGAGUAUGCUAAACAAAAAAGGGACCAAGUAAGAUCUAAAAUAAUGGAGGUGACUGUAAUAUUAGCACUGUAUUUUAUCAAAGCUGUUUUCUUCCGGACUUCAGAUCAAAACUAUCGUACGUUGAAUUAUCUUGCUGCAGUUUUAAGCACUACAAUUGUGUGUAUAUAGCGUACGGAAGGAAAAGCGUAUCGUGUAGAUAUGUUUUCAGUUUUGGGGCAACAUCGUUUUGCAGUCGUAUCGACCAAGAAAUGAUGGUAUUUGGGGGACACUGGGAAGGGUUCUGUUUGACAUUCACACAGUACUCUAAUCUUAAGUUUAAACUCUGGCGUUAGUUUGUUGUCAGUUGUACGGCCGCAUCCACCUAAAACCUACGUCGAGACAAGAUAAUGUGCACUUUUAUCAUGAAAAGGUUCAGUCUUGGCCCUUUUUUGAUAUUGUGCGAAGUCUUGUGUGCACCUUGGCUAGCGGGAAAUCGAGUUUCCCUGUCAGUGUAUGGAUGAUGGGACGAGUUUUCCAAUGGUCGGAUAGUCGCUUUUCAACCAUCUUUCUCAUUAAUGAGAUCAAUUCUAGUGUUUCGUUGACCGCACAGCCAAACGGGCUUCGAAAAAACCCUCAUUAUUUCAAAAUAUUUCUGUAUCUAUCGUGUAAGAAGUCUAAAAUAGGUGCGGUUAUCUACGAGUAAAUAGAAUUUAGUAAAAUUUAUUUUUUGGGGGGUCAUACGUUGCCCCACGAAUGUUUUGAUUUGAAUUUCCCAUUGAAAGUGAUCACGGCCUUUCACCCUUUAGUCCAGUUGUAGGGCAAGUCUGUCACGCUAUGUAGCAAGAGUAUGCAGCCUACAAAUACAGUUUUGUAGUCGACGAGUAUGGUUUAAGGGCACCAGACCAUUCCAAUACUGAACGUUUCUGAAUCAAAGAGAGCUUUACCCGUCGAAAUACCUUGAUCCGGCUUGAAACAACAUUGUAACUUGUCUGGGGAAGUCCAAUAUGAUUUUGACACUAUGCUGUUACUCAAAUAAGUGCGGUCGAAUAAGCACUAGGCAUCAUUCAAGUUAAACUUACAAAUCGUUUAUUGUUUUCAAAUCUUUUAGAAAAUGGGGACCUGAAAAAAUGUCCUGAAAAAUCUUAUUGAAUUCAUUGGCUUCUUAUCGGUCUAAAACCGUGCUUGACUGAAAUUAAGCGCAAAAGACUAUUUAUAUGUAAGCAACAGAGAUUCUGCAGUUUCUGCAAGCCCGUUUUCAUGCAGUUAGAUGUUACUUUGUUAUGGCAUAAAACUAUUUGAGCAAUCCAGUCAAAUCCACUAAGCCAUAGCGGUUUUGCAUGGCUGCCAUCUUUACGACAACUGCUUUUGUUACGGAGGGAAAGUACAAAAGGUCUACUCAUGUGUAUCCCUGUGGAACAAAAGCACUUACCGGGAAAAUGGCUGCCGUGCACAACCUCUAUAGGAACUCACCUGAUUUAUGUUUACCACAACCCUUUUUCCCUUUCGCCAUGAGCAGAACAAUUUCCUAAGUGCAGACCUGUUUCUAUAUCUGCAUUGGUUUGCAAAAGUGCUGAGAAACAGCGCUCACUUGAAAGGACGUGUCAUCCCCCGCGCCCAGUAUUGAUACUCUUUUCUUUAACACGUAAUCAUCACGUGCAUGAUUUUAAACGGAACAUUAUAUUCAGAGAGACAGGUAUUAAACCAAAUAAUGUGGAUGCUUGUGCGCAUGCGUGUGGCGCAAAGGUUUUUUCUAACAACAUGUUUUAUAAUUACGUACAAAAUGCUUGUAUAACAUGUCGAACCUUUGUAAAUAGUACCCUUUUUCCACCAAAUCACUGGGGUAUACGUAGAUAUAAAUAAUUCUUGUUGAGAACAAAACAACUUGUGAAAAAAACUUGUAUCAAAAUUGGAUUCCUAGAGCAAGUACCGGUAGCAAUUUUUUGUGCAUAUUUGCCUCAUAAGGGGUCUACUUUUUUCGAGGUGUACAUGUUGCGUGUUCGUGUUGACAAAUAAAUUUAAAGCGCUGAUGGAUCAGGCUUUGCACAGAU